AUGUGUGGUCUAAAGGAUGAGUUGACAGCAGAGCCCACCCCUGCAUCUGAGCCCCUCGGGGCCCAGUAUGACAUUUUAAGGACCAUAGGCGAGGGAAGCUACGCCCAAGUGAAACUGGCCAACCACCGGCUCACGGGCACAGCCGUGGCGAUAAAAGUCCUGCUAAAGGAGAAAAUACACUACUACCUAAUUAGUACGGAAGUGGAGAUAAUGAAGAGGAUGAACCAUCCCAACAUCGUUUCUCUGCACCAAAUCAUUGAAACCGAGAAGAAUGUCUUUCUGAUCCUGGAACUGGCUGAUGGACAUGAGCUACUUAACUGGAUUAAGCAAUUUAGCUUCCUGCCUGAGGGCCUAGCCCGGAAAAUAUUCAGGCAAAUCGUUCACGCCAUGUGCUACUGCCACGACAUCUGUGUAGUUCACCGAGAUCUCAAGCCAGACAAUAUUAUGGUUGAUUCUACAGGCAAAGUCAAAAUUGUAGACUUUGGGCUGGGUGCCUUCAUUAAGCCUGGAAUGAAGCUGUCUAGAUUUUGUGGUGCCUUACAAUUUUCUGCACCGGAAUUCUUCCUGGAACAACCAUACGAUGGCACCAAAGUUGACGCAUGGAACUUAGGCAUCAUUCUGUAUUUUAUGGUGACCGGAGCCCUGCCAUUUGAAGGUGCUACCUAUAAAGAACUUGAAAGGCGGGUUUUACUAGGACGGUAUGUUAUUCCCCGCCACUGCCACCUCUCAAAAGAGCUACGAGGGAUUAUCCGGUUACUUCUAACCGUAAACCCUCUAGAAAGACCAGCACUGAAGGACAUCAUGGCACACCCGUGGCUUAAGAAAGAAGAGCCAAGUUUAUCAAGUCACUCUGUUAAGAUGGACCCUAGCCACCUGGACCCUGAAAUCAUGACGGUCAUGGCAGAUAUGGGGUUCGACCCACGUGAGGUUCAGAAAUCUUUCACUGAUAAGCUGUAUAAUGAACCUAUGGCAACUUACAGCCUACUACAAUGCCAGGCACGCCAGCAGGAUGACUACACCAGCCAGCCUGAGCCAGUGAAACCAGGAGUAACACCUUUCCCCACUCUCACAGAUCCUACCACCUUCCCUUGUUACCAAAAGAGGGUGACUAAUCCACCAGCCAUUCGAGUCUUUCUUUCAUUAUCUUCAAAAACUGACUCUCCUGAGAACAAAGAGCAGGCAGGGCAGAGGCUAAGAAGAAGUGCCACUGAACCUGUAAUGCUGCCCCACUGCUCACAGAAAAGUAUGGUCACUUUUGAUGAAGACAGUGUCUCCACAGGGACACAGAGCAAUCUGAGUGUGAACUCAAUCCGAGGUGCAUACAGGAGCUGGAAGAAGUGGACAAGGAGGAUUGGGGAAAGUUUAUUACAGCUCUGCUGCUGCUGCUGUGUGCCACGCAGGAAGAGAAGAGUUGUGCCCCAAAGGGAGGCAUAG